GGUCCCUCACCGUCGCCGAAGGAUCGCUCCAAGGUCUCCAUCAACUUUCUCUCAAGCGAGCACACGCAUCCAGACUCCUCGAACCGCGCUAGAAGCCCUCCGUCUCCUUUGUCCACCAGGGCACGCGGGGUCAACCGGCCCCUUGUGUUCCCACAAAAUUUUGAUGAUGUGCGGCUCGAAAUCGAGGCCGCGAGCAGCUCCUCCAGGACAUAUCGUCUGGAGAUUGUGCAGCAUCCAGACCGGACCGCGGAGUCCGGGGCGUCGACACUCACGCGGCUGCCGUUGGCACCGCCUCUGAUUGUUCAACUGCACAUGCGCACGGCUGACGGACGGGAUGUGACUGACGAAGCCGAGUUCCCGUUCUUGGUGGCGCAGCUCUCCCUACUCAACGGUGAGGGAGGAGCGCCCAUGGACUACGCAGCCGGGGACGUCGAUGGACGCGAGCGGCUCCUCUACGGCAGCCUGGUCUCGUCCCCGCAGAUACUCAACAACCUGCGCGGCCACCGGGGCAUGUACUUCCUCUUUCCGGACGUCGCCGUGCGUCGCCUGGGCCGCUUCCAGCUCAAGGUUGUCCUCAUCCGCAUGCCUCAACUCGACGAACCGACCAUGCUCGCUCAGCGGCGGAGCCCGACAAUCGUCGCCGCUGCCCAGUCACUGCCGUUUGAGGUUCAGCCCCGCGGCGGGUAUGUCGCUCCCGCUCAGACGCCGUUGACGCAGUACUUCCUCCAGCAGGGGGCCCGAAUGUACGCU